UUCGAAUUGAUGUAGGAAUUCUAUACUGCUGCUGCAGCUGCGGCACACUCUAACGAACGCAAUGUUGACUUUUAGGGCCUCAAGAGAGGCAUUGAAGCUCUCGAGGCGCAUACCGAGGUCCUCACCACGAUCAUUUCCCCUCCCUGUACCGCUCUGCUCUCGAAGCAUUGCAACGCACUGCACGCCCAAACAGGCCAAUGCCAUAUCAGUCUUACCUACUGUUGUCGAUCCGUCGUCAGAGGAAUACAAGGAAAAUGCGAAGCAGAUGGGAGAAGUCAUGGGGAAGCUGGAGGAGUUGACAAAGAAGAUUCAUCAGGGCGGCCCACCAAAGGCGAGGGAGAAGCAUCUGGCUAGGAAGAAGAUGCUCCCCAGGGACCGAGUCGCGGCUUUGAUUGAUCCUGGGACUUCGUUUCUUGAGCUGUCCGCAUUGGCUGGUCAUGAGGUAUACCCUGAAGCGGAGAUACCGGCUGGUGGAAUCAUUACUGGCGUUGGUGUGAUUGAGGGGGUUACUUGCAUGAUCGUUGCGAAUGAUAGUACUGUCAAAGGAGGAACGUACUAUCCUAUCACGAUCAAGAAGCACUUGAGAGCGCAGGCUAUUGCCCAAGAAAACAAUCUUCCUUGUGUGUAUCUUGUCGAUUCCGGUGGUGCCAAUCUACCCCACCAAGCAGAUGUAUUUCCUGAUCGAGAACACUUUGGUCGCAUCUUCUUCAACCAAGCUAGAAUGAGCUCUAUGGGGAUACCACAGAUAGCAGUGGUCAUGGGUCCUUGUACAGCAGGAGGAGCUUACAUGCCAGCCAUGUCAGACGAGAGCAUUAUUGUUGACGGCCAGGGACACAUCUUCCUUGCUGGACCGCCACUGGUCAAAGCUGCUACUGGCGAGGUAGUAAGUGCAGAAGACUUAGGAGGUGGGAAAAUGCACACCACUGUGUCUGGUGUCACAGAUUACCUUGCAGUAGACGACGCUCACGCACUCGUCCUCGCCAGACGCUCCAUCAGCAAUCUGAACUGGCCCAAGAAGCCCUUCCCUGCUCCAACGACCUACGAAGAGCCCUUAUAUGAUCCCGAGGAACUCGUCGGCAUCGCAAGCACCAACCUUCGCAAACCCCUACCCAUCCACGAGAUCAUCGCUAGAAUCGUGGACGGUAGCGUUUUCUCGGAGUUCAAGCGUGACUACGGUAGCAGUCUCGUAACAGGAUUCGCUAGCAUCUACGGCCAUAAAGUCGGCAUCAUAGCCAACAAUGGUAUCUUGUUCAGCACAUCCUCACUCAAAGGAGCACACUUCAUCGAGCUCUGCUGUCAGCGCCAAAUCCCGCUCAUCUUUCUGCAGAACAUCAGUGGUUUCAUGGUCGGUACAGACGCGGAGCGCGAGGGAAUUGCGAAGAACGGUGCGAAGCUGGUCACUGCCGUUGCGUGUGCCAAUGUUCCGAAGUUCACUGUUGUCGUGGGAGCGAGUAACGGCGCUGGUAAUUAUGGGAUGUGUGGACGCGCAUAUAGUCCUCGGUUCCUGUGGAUGUGGCCUAAUGCAAAGAUUGGUGUCAUGGGGUCGGAGCAGUUGACUGCUGUAAUGGAGACGGUUGGAAAGGCGGUGGAUCCAGAACUGAAGGCGAGGAUUGAGAGGGAAAGUGAAGCAGUGUUUUCAUCAGCGAGAUUAUGGGUAAGUGUUGCCAUUCCCUCUUCUUGCUAUCCUUAAAACAUAAGUCUUAAUGUAAGAAACGUACUGACAAAUACAGGAUGACGGUGUGAUACCCCCAAGCCACACGCGCCGUGUAUUGGGUCUGGGCCUGAUGGCUGCACUAGGUGGAAAGAAUGAACCGGAUCCUACCAAAUUCGGGGUCUUUAGAAUGUAGUUGUAACAGUACAUUAGGGCACCCAAAGAAAUGAAUCUAUUUACAAUCCUAUCCUUGCCCAAGCUUCCGUUGGAGGUGUCGUUGCUGCUACCGAGUCACGAUGUGUGAAACAGUAGCUCCUCCCCCGAAGCGAAGUAAAUAAAUGCUCGUGGAGCCAGGCCGUGACCCAUCGCUACCUAGCAAGCUCCUCAAUUGUGUAGUAUCCCUUCCGACAAGUAGACGCUUUCACGUAAUCACGAUCGCCAUCGCACCUGGGAUUUCAAUAUCAAUUCGCAUAACAUCCAUUCCAACAGCUAUCGGUGUCCGUGCCAUAUGGGCCCAAACUCUCCCUCAACCAUUCCACAACUCACGAUUAAGAUAUCUACCUGCACAGGUAUCAUAUAUGGUUCCACGAGCCAGCGGAGACCAUAUGAACCAUGUCAUCUGACAUCAUGCAAGCUCCCUGCCAUUAUGCUGUCCCAACCUCGUUCACAUGCUUCAAUCCAAACUCUGAUUUCCAGCUGCGUUCCCAG